CUGAGGACAACUCAGUAGGGAUGACGCCCGAAAAAAAGGACAAAUGGACUGAAACAAGUCUCGAUUUGGAAAGGCUUUUGACGGUAAAAAAGGAAGAUGAUGAGGAUGAAAUGAAAUCUUAUCUGGACAACAGCAGCCCUAACCAGGAACUCUCCCGUCGGCUCUUCAGGCAGCUGCGCUAUGCAGAGUCUUCAGGGCCCCAUGAGGUCCUGGUCAGACUACGGGAGCUCUGUCGAUGUUGGCUGAGGCCAGACAUGUACACGAAGGAAGAGAUCCUGGAGCGUCUGGUGAUGGAGCAGUUCCUGACCAUCCUACCUGGAGAGACCCGGUCCUGGGUACAAUUACAUCAUCCAGAGCGUGGAGAAGAGGUUGUGGCUCUUGUGAAAGAUAUAGAGAAUGACCUUGAUGAAAAGGUCUCAGCCCAUGCCCAAGGACAGGAUGUGCCAUGGACAGGGACAGCAUCUCUGGCAACCCUUUCUGUUCCACCUCUCUGUGGUAACCACUUGGAUUCUGCUUGUGACGCAAUGAUGCUCCACCUCAAGGAUCCUCUAAAUGUUUUUCCUGCUGCUCAGGCUCCUGCCCGUAGGGGAGACCAAGCAGUGGUGGCUCUAUCGAUGAAAACCAGGUCUCAGGAGACAGUGAUGUUUGAAGAUGUGGCUGUAUACUUCAGGAAGGAAGAAUGGGCAGCUCUGGACCCUGCUCAAAAGGCCCUGUACAGGGAUGUGAUGCUGGAGAAUUAUAGGAACGUAGCAUCUUUGGCAUAUCCGUUUCCUAAACCUCUUGUGAUUUCUAAGCUGGAGCAAGUAUCUGGGAAUCUGCAGGAAGAUCGGGACAGAGAUCAGGGGAUUGCUUGUGCAAGUGGUGAAGUCAAAUUUGAGAAAGAGAAGUUGGUGAACAUCAAGCAAGAAAUUUCUGAAGAAUCACCAGCAGCAUCACUGGGAACUGUCCAGAACAAUGUUUCUGAUCAACCUGAGGAAGUUCCCAGAUUGCGAAACUCCUUGCGCCAGGACCGGCUGGCAGCUUCCCUGCAAUUUAUGGCUUUUGAGACUUGCCUGGAGAACCCAUGGCCCUGCAGCACCUGGAUGGCCCAGUGGGUAGAGUGCUGGACCCGGAAUCACCGAGACCUGACUUCAAAUCGUUCUGCAGAACCUAGCCACAUGGCUCUGGGUGUGCGUGUUACGUGCUGCUGUGUACCAUAUUAUCCAAGUUGUUUUAAAAAAAAUCCUUUGGCAAGAUGGGCAAAAGGAAGACUCCUUCGGAUGGAAACACUGCCGAUGCUAAAAAGAAGAGAUUUGUUAUUACAUUAGAACAAAAAUUUGCUGUUAUUGUGAAGCAUCAUCAUAGUAACUCUAAAAUACUAUGAGAUAUCAGAAUGCUUCAGUCUAUGGAAUAUUAUAUAACACCAAGGCUUUUUGUGUGUAAACUACUAUAAAGAAAUAUUAGUUAUGGUGAUAGAAAUGGAUAGUCUUUUCAUUGUAAAAAUUGAAAAUUGUAAUGAAUUAAUAGUUAUGGUGAUAGAAAUGGAGAGCAUUUUCAUUGUAAAAAUUGAAAAUUGUAAUGAAUUAGUAGUUAUGGUGAUAGAAAUGGAGAGCAUUUUCAUUGUAAAAACUGAAAAUUGGAAUGAAUUAGUAGAACAUCUAUUCAAACAAAAAUUUAAGGUUUAUAUAGAGCAGUAAAAGAAAACAGAAACCAUUUGGGUAAUGAAAUUUUAACUGCAAAUAUUGGUAUUAAGAAAAAAAUAAAUUUAAAAAGUAGAUACACUAAUCAACAAAUUCUUAAUGAGCAUGAAAGAGACUUUUUUUUCUGGAAAAAAAUGACUUCCAGAAUUUAUACUUCUAAUUAAUAAAAAUCUCAAUCAGGAUUCAAAGUGUCUAAGGAUUGCCUAGCACUUUUAUUGGCAUAAAAAUUAUGCAGAAGGAGAUUUUAAAUUAAAACCAAUACUAAUUUAUCAGUCUUGAAAUCUUUGAGCAUUGAGAGGUUACAAUAUUGAUUGCUUUUGGAUCUUUGGCAGUUGAGUAAGUGUAAGUGAUUAAAGUUGUUUUUGAAGAUUGAUUUUCAAGUUAGCUUAGCUCAGUUGUUGAAAGAUAUUUCAAGAACAACAAUACUGCAUGUUAAAACCUUACUGAUUUUAGAUAGUAUCCUACAUCGUCUAACUAUACUUGGUUCAUUAGAUGUGAAUGUGAACGUAUACAUUUAAUAAUGUGUGGAUAAAGUUCUCUGUACCUAUCAGCAUAUGUGCAAAAAUUAAAAAAAAGAGAAGACAUUAUAUUCUUUGCUUCUGUAGAAUCCAAAAUACUUCAUUUUGUGAUUAUCUUCCAUUUGUGAGCUAGGCCUUGCUUCGCUAUAAAUCAUAUAACAUGGGGGAAUUGAAAUGAUGAUCAGUAAUUUUGGGAAAGUUACAUAAAACAAUGUGUAUAAAAUGUUCUGAGGAGUAAUGGUACAACUUGACCACAGUAUGUUCUGGGAAAUAUCACAAGAUAUUUUAUAUAUUUUGUGAUUUUUUUGGUAGUAACUGUAGGAUGUACCAGGAUAUUUUUGAAAUCACUACAAGAUUUGUAAAAAACUGAUCAAUUAGAGAGAACACCCAUGUUACUCAAGAUUAUGUAAGUUGAUUGAUUCCUCAUUAUUGACUGUAUGAAAUCUUUGUUAACUGUCAAAUGCUGUCCUUGUGCCUACUGAGAAACCUUGGACCCAAUUUGUUGUGUAACUGCUAGCCUUGCUAAUAAACAGAAUUGCUUAGAAAUUCAAAUCUUUGUUUCCUCAGUU